UGUCUACUAGUUUGUUAUUUGUAACAGACACGUGCUUAAAAUAAUAUAUUAUAAUAAUUUUUACAGGUGUAAUGCUUUUUGCCUGUAUUAAUAGGUAAUUAUUUAAACCAGCAUUAAAGAGAUUAAAGUGCAGUGUUUAUAAUAAACUCACCGAUUGUUUCUGAACGAGAUCUCUUCUGUCGUAAAUGCAUUCGUCGAAUUAAUCAAAAUGCAACACUGUUCGUUAAGAGUUAUUCGUUGAAAAUAUACGAGUAAUAAUCUAAACGGAUGCGCGGCGUUACGUUGUGAAGUGGAAAAUUUAUUUUACAAAAUUUACAUGUUUUCGUAUCCAAUAAAUUAUAAUUUACACAGAGAAGUGAUUUUGAUGAACUGCAUUUGGGCGUAACAAUACUAAAUAUAAAAAUUUGUGGUUGUUUUAUAAAAACAUUGUAGUUAAAAGGUGCUUUCAGAGAGUUUUCGUUGUCCGCGUUGUUGUUAAUCAAGUACAUAUUGAAGGUGCAAAAUUUUAUUUUGGAAAAGUUUAUUUUGCCCAGGUUUUGAUAUAAUAAGUAGUAAUAAACAGAAAAUUCGUAAAAAUGUCUGAGGUUGCGAAAAGUAAUGAAAUCGAGCAGAAUACUGUACCAGUCGAACAGACGACAGUAGAAGAGGUCGCAACCGUGGCAGAAAGCGCGCCUACUUCGACUGAGGCAGAGACGCCUGCUGCGGCCGAAAAGCAAGUGGUCAACAACAGCAUUGAAGCUAAAGCUGGAGCAGGCGAUGCGGGUACAAGCGCUGCGGAGGCGGCAAAAUCAGCGGAAUCUUCACCAAAUGUGGAAAACAAGAAGACACCCGCCAAACGUACUCCCUCCAAGCGGAUGUCAUUUAUAGAACGUGCACAGAAGGAAAGUGAAGAACUUGUGAAAAAUAUGGGUGGUAGUUUAGAGUUAGAUGGAGGUCGACGUACGCGAUCUAGUACACGAGGUACACCAACACGUGCAUCAGCGGUAUCCACUCCGCCACCUGCGAAAAAGGCGCGAACAUCACCAGCCAAUGCCAGCAACACACCCUCUCGCGGUAAAGGUCGUGGAAGGAAAAUUGACAUAUCAGAUGAUUUAGAUGAGCCCAAAGAAGUGACCAAAACAACGCAAAAAUCGAAGACCACAAAUAAAAAACAGGCUGAUGCGGAAAAAUCUUCGAGCCCACUGAAAGAAGAAUCCGAACCAGUUGCCGAAUUAUCUGCUGCUGCUGAGGUAAAAGAAGCAAUCACCGAGAGCAAAGAAGAGGAGAAUAUAGAAAAGCCAGAGGAGAUGCCCGAUACAAAUGCAGAUGUAAUAGAUGCUUCAAAACAAAAUGAAGAGCAAUGUGCAGAAAGUGAAAAAGCUGUAGAAGAGCCAAUACCAGUAAAGAAUGAAAGUGAAAUUCAAAUGGAAACAGAUGAGCCCACACCUGAGGAAGAGCCCUUGGCAGUGCCAUCCGAAUUAGAGUCAAAUUCGGAAACAGACGAAAGCAAUGCUAAAGUUGAACCAACAGAAGUAACAGCGUCAACAGUCACAGUGCCAAAAGAAAUUACAAUAGAACCGAUGGAGGUCGAUUCAAAUUCAAAGAGUAGUGAUGUUGAACUCGUUGAAACUGUUCCAGCUACAACAGCACCAACUGCAAACGAAAGUGAGAGUUCCGCGCCGCUUGUUGAACCCCAAGCUCCGGAAGUACUUGCAGUUUCCAAUAUUACAGAUGAAGAAUCCGUAGUUCAAACUAAUGAUGUUAAUAACGUUGCUGAAAAUUCAGAAGUUGCCCCAGAAGCACCGGUUGCUUGUGACGUGGGGAGCUUAGAAGCCAAUGUAAAUACAGUGACAACAACAAAUGAAGAUUUAAUCCCCAACGCAAAAGCAGAAGCGAUCAUUGAAAAUCAGGCUACCAUUGAACUUACAAAUUCUGAGGACGAUAUUAACACAAACAAUCAAGAUAGUCUUAAACCAGAAAAUGAAUUAUGCGUUCCCAAAGUUGUUUCGCCAUCUAUAACCAAUGCAAAUACAGACGGCUCCGUGGCAACGAUUUUGUAAACUUAAUAUGCAAAUAUACAUCGACCACAAUAAUUGCAACAAUAGUAAAGUAAUAAUGCCAUGAUGGACAUUUAAAUAUUUAAACAACUUUAUAUAUAUAUAUAUGUAUAUAUAUAUAGAAAGUGUGGAGAAGAAUUAUACACCAAGAAGGAGUAACAAAUUGCCGAUGUUAUAAGCCAUUUUUAUGCACGGAAGUCUAUCACACAACCCGCCUGAAAAAUAUAUUUAUGAAUGUGUAGUUUUAUUUCUGUUUUUGUAUGUUUUUAGAUUGAUUCACUAUUCAUGGCAAAAAUUUAUAUGGACAAUUUAUGCUAGAACGCAUAAGUUUUGAUAUCUUUCGCUUUAUGUUUUUUCUUUCACUUUGACUAUACAUAAUUAUAUGCAUAACAUUAUAUAGUUGGUUAUAUAUAUGUAUGUAAUUAUAUGCGAAAAUAAAUACAAAAAUCUACAAUAAAUCUAGAUUAUUAACAAUAAUAAACGGUAAACAAUCAUUGAUUGUUGUAAUUGCAAAUUUUACUAAUUAAUGCAGAGAAUAUUUUAUAACACUAACCUAGAAUAUAAACUGUAAAAUGUAUCAAACAAUAAACAUGUGUGUGCGUAUGGAAAAUUUUAAAAUAACAAAUUUUUUGCAAAUAAAUGAAUUUUAAAGUUAAUAAUUAUACUUAAAAUUUAAAUCAAAGAAAUGAAUAUGAAGAGCAAUAAUAUAAUACAAUUAGACUAGAUCUGCGCUCAGAAAUCGCACAAAUCUAUUAUUUUUAUCUAAUACUUUCACUCGGUCAAAAUGAAUUAUAAAGUUUACGUUUUACAUCUCUUAAGAAAAGUAAUUUUAGUUAAGCAAUCUAUAUCUGAAUGCAUGUUGGUCUUCUUUAAUCAUUGGUGAAACACAGAAAAUACACGCAUAUAUUUAAAUAUUACUUUAAAGAAAAAAUAUACUUUUUAUUGAUGAAAUCGCUAAGAAUGUACGUA